CGUUUCGCAGGCGGACGGUGAUCGGAAGUCAAGGAACGCACUUAGCGUUUCGCAGGCGGACGGUGAUCGGAAGUCAAGGAACGCACUUAGCGUUUCGCAGGCGGACGGUGGUCGGAAGUCAAGGAACGCAUUUAGCAUUUCGCAGGCGGACGGUGGUCGGAAGUCAAGGAACGCACUUAGCGUUUCGCAGGCGGACGGUCACGGGAAGUCAAGGAACGCACUUAGCGUUUCACAGGCGGAGGGUCACGGGAAGUCAAGGAAUGCUCACAGCGUUUUGCAGGUGGACGGUGAUCGGAAGUCAAGGAAUGCUCACAGCGUUUCACAGGUGGACGGUCACGGGAAGUUAAGGAACGCUUACAGCGUUUCGCAGGUGGACGGUCACGGGAAGUUAAGGAACGCUCACAGCGUUUCGCAGGUGGACGGUCACGGGAAGUUAAGGAACGCUCACAGCGUUUCGCAGGUGGACGGUGAUCGGAAGUCAAGGAACGCUUACAGCGUUUCGCAGGCGGACGGUUAUGAGAACUCAUUACUUUUUUAA